AUGAGAGUUACCGUUGGAUCGGAGGAGUUUUCUGUUGGGGGUGAGGUGUUCGUGAAGUUUGCACCCAAUUUGUUCACCACUGAUGAGAGUGAAGGUGGUUGGGAAUUCAGUGAUAGGAACCCGAGAGUGUUCCAAUGGUUGGUGGACUACUUGAACGGGUACACCACGGUGCUCUCCAUCGCAACAGUGCAGCAGUUUUUGAAUAUACAGACUGACUUGCUUUUCUACAAACUGGACGAUGUGAUGAGGACCAUCAAGAACCAAAUGCCGUACCAUCUCGUGAACGUGCAGGGGCAAGAGUUCAAACUGGCGAAACAUCAUACCGUUUGCUCAACGUACCAGUGGGAAAGUGCUAUGUACGUAAGGGAUAGGUCGCCGAAAUUGUUCCAGCUCGUUUUGGAUGCACUCGACAAUGUACUCGAUGUGCAGACGCUCUCGGAUUCCCUCAGGGAAACACUCAGAGGAGAAUGCAGGUUCUAUAACCUGACGAGACCGGAACAAUUACUGGUGAAAUGUUCCACUGGUGUUAACCCGUACGACGACGCCCUCUCGGAGAUCACAAUCAGACUCGCAGAUAUAGAUAAAUCGGGGGUCAGUCUCCACCGCGGGUCGAACUUGUGUACCAACGAAUGCACAGCAACGUCACCACCCUCGGAGGGGGACGCGGACGAUGAGGGGAACGAGGCAGAACCAGCAAAGAAGAAACAGAAACAUGCAAAAGUGGAAAGAACAGCUUGGGAUAUUGUCAAGUAUAGCAGACCACUGGUGGAUGACCACCCGCACGAGUUGAUUCUCCAACCGGGACAAAAUGGUAGUACACUCGUUUUCAACAAGUCAAAUAAGAUUAUCCACGUGGACGUCACGGGCCCCGAUAUUGCACAGUUCGAAACUAAAUUCAAGGAUCUGCUCAUCAGGGAGAAAGUUGAUUUGAACGACUACAAAUUCAAUUUCCCAUCACACCGCAGAGGCGCCAAGGGUGAUCAUCUCGUCGUCCCCGCGUGUGUCUCCAUUUGUGACUUAAAUAUCAACAAGAUUAACUGCAGUAACAUCGGACAAUUGAUGUCCAGCACAAAAUGCUCGGAAAGAGUCCACGAUUUCACAGACAUGAAAAGACUAGGGUACACUUGUGGCCUGGCGCUGCAUUUGAACAACUCUCUGUGGAAGUUGGGCGUAAGGAAUGGGGAAAUCAUGAUGAUCGCUAUCAAAAUCGAUUCAUCCACUAACCUUCAAGAACACAACAAGAGAAUAGAGUUUGUUUAA